GCGUGCACAUGACACUGAUGAGAUUGUGACAGAUGGAGGAAAAUGUGUACGAAGUUUUAAAGAGAGUGUUUAAGCACAAAGAAUUUAAAUCUGAUUUGCAGAAAAGGGCAGUUCAAUGUGUUUUUGAAGGUGAACGUGAUGUAUUCAUCUCUAUGCCGACGGGAGCUGGAAAGUCCCUCUGCUUCCAGCUUCCAGCAGUUGCAUCGACUGGGGUUACGUUGGUCGUGUCGCCUCUUAUUGCACUUAUGCACGAUCAACUAAGCCAUCUGGAACUUCUGAAUAUUCCUGCAGAAACCAUCAACAGUAAGAUGACCGCUAAGGAAAGAGCCAGGGUUGUAGCAGAUCUAAAGCAAACCACACCUCAAACAAAGCUCCUGUAUAUAACUCCAGAACAAGCUGCAUCAGACGAAUGCAAAACAAUCGUGAAAGGACUCGUAACCAGGCAAAUUUUAAAAUACUUCAUCAUAGAUGAAGCCCACUGUGUGUCACAAUGGGGACAUGACUUUCGACCAGAUUAUCUGAAGCUUGGCUAUUUUAGAAAAAUUAUGCCUGGCGUGCCUUGUAUUGCGUUAACUGCCACUGCAACAGCUCAAACAGCGGCGGACAUAAUCCUGCAGCUAAAACUGAAAGAACCGGUUGCUAAGUUUAAAACAAGCUGUUUUAGAUCCAACAUCCAUUAUGAUGUUAGGAUGAAAGAUGUUGUUCAUGAUGCAUAUGAGGACCUGAUGAAAUUUGCUCUCACAGCACUAGGAAGGAUGGAUGUCACCAAGGAAGAAAAUUCGACACUAGAAAAUUGGACAGAAUAUGGAUGUGGGAUUGUCUACUGUCGAACAAGAGAUGCCUGUGCAGAGGUGGCCUCUCAUUUGACAAGAAAAGGUGUAAUAACCAAGCCAUACCAUGCAGGACUGAAGACUGACAUCAGGGAGACAGUUCAAACAGACUGGAUGGAGGGCAGGUUUCCCGUGAUUGCAGCCACAAUCAGCUUUGGAAUGGGGGUUGACAAACCUAAUGUUAGAUUUGUUGCCCAUUGGACAAUACCCAAAUCAAUGUCGGGUUAUUAUCAGGAAUCGGGCCGUGCUGGAAGGGAUGGUGCCCAAUCUUUCUGCAGACUUUAUUAUUCCAGGCAUGAGAGGGACACUGUCGCAUUCCUCCUCAACAAAGAGAACUCCAGAUUCACUAAAGCUGCGGAAGCAAACAAAGUUAGAAAGAAAGCUGCAGAAAAUGGUUUCCAAGCCAUUGUUAACUAUUGUGAAAGUUUAAGCUGCAGACAUUGGUCUAUAACCAAAUAUUUUGGUGAUGAACAGCCAGAAUGUAACAAAUCAUGUGAUCACUGUGCAGAACCAAAAAAGGUGGAGAAAGCCGUGGAAGACAUGCAGAGAUGUUCCUAUGGAAGUAUGAAGAAAGGAGUGCCUGGAGGAGCAAUGUACACGGUUUCUAAGGAGGAUUUAGAGAUGUACGAAGGAGGGAGAAGGAAUGUGAAGAGGGAAUGUGAUGACUAUAGAGAGGAAGAGGAAUUUUCCGAGUAUCAUCAGGACCAACUGGAGCAAGAAGAGGAGAAAAGACAGCGGAAUGCACUCAUUGCAAAGGAGUUCCAAAAGCGCAAAGGAAACACAGCAGAUGAAGGGAACAGUGAUUUCGUCAUGCCAAGUGAAGAUUGCCCUCUUAGGGAUGCUGCAAGCCAGAGGAUUCCUAAAUUAACAGUAAAGAUCAGAGAGCACUGCCUAGGAAUGAUUGAAGUAGCUUUGAAGAAUAAUUACAUGGGAUACUAUGUAGACAUUCCUGCAAAGCUGGCUGCAGCAGACUACAUUCCAAAAUGCUGUGCAAUCGAUGUAGAAUACGACAUCUUCAAAUCCAACAAACUGGCCAAUAUGUAUAAAACCUCAACAAUGAAAAUCAUUAAUGAUAUUAAGAAGUGUACUGGAUCAAAAGAGCUCCACAAAUCUCUGGUUCCUGGCAGUGAGAGUAAUGUUGAUGAUGUGAUAAAUAAAACAGAAAGUAACAAUGGUGUGGAUUUUCCUUCUAUCCCAAAACCACCAGUCUCAUUUGAUUCAGUGGGCAGUUCAAAAACAGAUAUAACGUUUGUGAAAGCAAGUUUUCUGAUGAAAAAUAGUUGCCACUCAUCUCAUUUGUCGAGUCUUUCUAACCCCAGCUCUUCCACAGAUUCUGAGACGGAAGGAACUGCCAGUGGUGCUCUCCGUGUGAAUGGCGAGAUUCCUAGUGCUUCAAGUGAUUUACCGGAGUUACAAGAUUCAAGAAACUUUGGAACACAGUUUCAGAAAGCAAGUGAAUUAGUAAAAGAAAGUACUACAUGUAGUGAUAUAAACACAAAUACAGUGACCCCCAUUACCAAGGUAUUUAAAAAACCACCCGUUCCUAAAAUUACGUAUUUCUUUGAGCGUGCCAAGAAUCCAGAUCCUGAUCCAGAUCCAGCAGCUGUAGAAACUGAUGCAGACUGUAAGAAAAACUUUGCUAAGGAUAAUUGUACACAGGAUACCACAUCUGGCCAUGGUGAACCGUCCAGGGAGAAGAAGCUUAGUCACAAAGUGUCAAAGAGACACGCCAGUGUGUCAGUAGAGGCAUCACAAGAAGUUAAAAGGCAGAAGCUGAACGAAUACUCUUCAUCACAAGAAGUUAAAAGGCAGAAGCUUAAUGAAUACUCUUCAUCAAGUGGCAAGCACAAGAAAAUCGCAGAUAUGGUUGUACGAUACCUAUCUCCAUAUUACAAAGAUGGACACAUUGUUUCCAAGGAUGUCUUCAAGACGAUGGCAAGGACCCUGUCUCACAGGUUGCAGUCUUCAUCUGGGAGUGAGGAGCAGGCCAAACAAGAGUGCAAACGAUUGAUAAAAGAACUUUUCUCAACACAUACCAAGAUAACCUCAGAGCUGGACUUGUACUUUGCUCGAAUUGGUAACGCCAUUGUUGUCAUAGGGUUAGGGUUUAAUGCCCCGGACUACUUUUACACCUACCCAUCCAACUAUGUAUGCACAGAAAGACUGAGCAUCAACAUGCGGAUUACCAGACAAUUAUUUGUGUCUCGAAAGAGGAGGUUCAAAUUUUUAUUGGACAAAUUAACUUACAAGGAUUUUCCUUUAAAUGCUCCAGCUCUCAAUGAUAUUGAUGUCGAAAAGCUCGUUGAAAAGAAGGGAACACGAAGCAACCAGCCCAAAGAACUGCCGGCAGAGCUAGCAGAUGAUCCAAGAUUUUAUAGCCCACUCAAACCAGAAGACAGAAAAAACUAUCGAGAAAUCCCAGCUUUUCUAUACAAUAAAAACUGCAGAUUUAUUGACGGUACUAACCAAGCUUGUUUUCUUACAAAAUCUGUGAAGUUCGAAGGAAUGCCAGAAAGUGUGCAGCAAGUGAUUGACAAAUUUGAAGUUCCAGAUGAGUCCAAGUUGUUACAAAAAGCUAUCAUGAAAGCUCAGAUGUGGGACUCGACGAAAGAGAAACUCCCAAAGAGACGUGAUCCUGAAAAACCAGAAUAUAACUUUUCUAGAGAAUAUGGAAUCCCUAUGGAAAAGAGAUUAGACAUGCUGUCAUUUGACCUGCUUCGUUUGGCUGACAUGGCGGUCACUGCUAAGUACCCACAGAAUGGAAGGAACAGAAGAAUGAUAUUUCGUCCAGACGGAAUAGCUACUUUUUACCUGUUUUCAGAUUCUCUACUGAGUUUUUACCUGGGUAUUGAUGCUGCAAUAACAUCACCUUCUCCACUGCCGCCAUUUCUCUCUGAGGAGCAGGUGGAGGCAUCUGAGGCAACUGUCAUUCCCUCCAUCCACCCCAUCCAGCCUACUAUUGAUUUCUUCAAGUCACAUAACUACAAUCUGAAGAAUAGUACAGGACAUCAUGGAAGAAACAGUCGCUUUCCUCAUACUCUGGUUUUGCUGAAUAAUGAUGACUGGAGUGAGGAUGAACGACAAGCACGGGCUCUGGUGACGGCCAUGGGACUGACAGUGGCACAUGUGAAAAAAACGUACCCUGGUAUUAAAGCUCGUCUCCCAAAGCCCAUGUCUAUUCAAGUGGUCAAUAUGAGUGAAACAACUGUGAACUUCACAUACUUUCAGCUUAAUACUGUGGAUUUUGAUGGUUCAGACAAUGGUGUUAAAAAUUUUGUAUGGUUUGACACCAGUAAUGCAUUAUAUGAGAAGUUUUUGCCUCAGCCAUGGAAAGGUGAAACUUUUGAAACGACAAGGCUAGAAAAUCUGGAUUCAGAACCUUUCAAGAAACUUCUUGCUACAGUUGGACAUUGUGCUGAAUUGGAAGACACACCAACAAAUUUCAGAGAUAUGCUCAUCGAACUCUAAUUUGAAUAAAUUCUUCAACUAA